AUGGCUAACGAACAACAAUCACCCACCAAUUCAAAUUCGCCUGGGUUGCAGGGAGUGCCAGACAUGGAACAAGCAGUCAAUCUAACCUUGAACGAUGUGCGUCAGCCUUCACAACAAACUGAUGUAAAUGGUAGUCAAACUUAUCAAACAUCUAGCAAAGAUUGGGAACCAAUAAAAGUUUCAAGAAAUGGAGCUAAUAUAUCAAAUCCGAGUGGAAGCAACGUACAUAGUCUUGGUAAUGAAACCUUGGUCACUGGGCAUCAUCAUGGAAUUCUGAUUUCUAAUAUAAAAACUGAUUCGAAUGUGCUGACUAGUUAUCAAAAUGCUUCAAAUUUUGGACAAUUUUCACCAGUGAAAAGACCACCUGGCUUUAACAGUAUGAUUAAUGGAAUAUCGGGAAAUACGAGUGGUGGAGAAUUUAACAACAGAGCUUCUUUUGGUCAUAAUUCAGAUACUUCUCCCAUGCCAGUCGGUUCAGGGUUUGGUCGUAGUAAUAGUAUUUCAGUAAUACCUCAAAGUGCAAAUAGUGGUGAGGAUGGCUUAUCGUACCAACAGACUCAACAAAACCCAUAUACUUCCUACGGUAAUUCAUUUCUUGCAACAUCACCUCCCCCGCGAGCUGGUAAAAACAAUUCUGGUUUUGGAGGUAUGAGUAGCGAUUCAAUAAAAUCAUUUGGAAAUUAUGAAAAUUCUUAUUUUGAAUCCACUCUUAUUAAAAAUCCUUUAUCCGCGUUAUCCGAAGAGAAUGAUCAUGAUUGGGAUAGAGUGAUCCGGACUCCUGGACUCGAAGAUUCGCCAAAGGAAUCCAUUGUUUAUAAGCCUUUGCGAUCUGCAACAUUACCAUCACAAAGCGAGCUCAAUAACAAUAUUUACCCUUCUAAUGUCGCGACUGUUGCGACUUCACCUUGGGUAUCAACAUCUAGCUUUACACCUCAAAAUUUAACUAAUCUUUCAUCACAUGCAUUGAACAAUAAUGGUGGAUAUUUUCCACCACAAAUACAGCAAAAUAAUGAUCAGUAUACAAGUUACAAUGGUGGGUUGUUUGGGUCGAAUAUCAGAAGAUCAUCAAUUGCAAACAAUACUCAAAGCAAUGGCCUUAUUCAAGAUGAUAACAGUCAUGCUAAAUUUGAGCAUGGUUUGGGAGGACCUUUAGACUAUUAUGAACCAACCAUAUCUUCAAAUGUUGCAUCACCGUCUUCCCCAACUGAUCUAUCCGCAACUUUCCGUCUCCCGUCUUGGAGCACAUCUGUAGCUUCAGAGAACUCUCAACGUCGACGUUUAGAUGGAAAUGGGGAUAUUGUAUCUGAUGAUGUUGUUACCGGAAGUAUGGCAUUGUAUGAUCCAAGUAAUGAUGAUAUUAUACUUCCACAACGUGAUACGGGGAAAUAUAAGGAGAAUAAGGACUUUGGGUUAAAAUUAGACAUUCGUAGUAUUCAAACACCAAAUAUAUCUGCCCCUCCUGGGUUAGAGGGUAUUCGUAGCCCGACAUCACCAAGACCUGGGAGUAUACUUACUUCCCCAACGCUUAAUGCGGAUCAUAUUGAACAUUAUUAUAGCCCAACAUUGGCUGGACUUACUUCACCUACCUUAGCAAGCAUUAACGCUUCAAAUCAAAACAUUUUGUUAGGUGGUGUUCGGGAAGAUUUGUCAGGAAAUACUACUAGCAAUCAUUCAAUUGCUGAUUUAACAAAUUCAUUGAACAAUAUGAGUAUGGGCGGUGCGAAUGGUAAUGUAGUUUCUGAUUUAGGUAAUGUGACGUCACCAGAUCUUUCAGCAGUUCAAGUACCAGGAUCUGCGGUAGCACCUAAACAACAGGCCAAAUUAUCUUGGGCUGCUAUUGCAAAAACUGCUCCUAAGCCUCCUCCAGUGAAUACUUCACCGGAGGUACUUGGUACGGCAGUUGGAGCUUAUAGUGCUGCAAUUUCAACUUCUGCGGUAUCACCGACUUCAACAUAUGCAAAUAGGCCAAUGUCUGCGCCAACUGGUGCGUGGCCUAGUAAAGCAAAUAUCGUCGGAACACCUACAGGUAAUGGUAUGAACAAUCUUUUCGUCACAUCGAAUGCAGGACUUCCAACUCCAACCGGUUUAGGACCUCUUUCUAUUCCGUCCGCACCAGGAGUAGCAAAGAAAGAUAUGUCUUCAUGGGUUUCAGCUAAGGGAUAUAAUCCUAAAGCUUUUAACUUUAAACCAAAUCAUGCAAGAUAUUUUGUUAUUAAGUCAUAUACUGAAGAUGAUGUCCAUAAAUCUUUAAAGUAUGACAUUUGGGCAAGUACUGAAAUUGGAAAUCGACGUUUAGAUAAAGCCUUCCGCGAAAGUUCUGAUAAAGGCCCAAUCUAUUUAUUUUUUAGUGUAAAUGCUAGUGGACAUUUUUGUGGCAUGGCACAAAUGCUUACCCCUGUUGAUUACACUACUAGCAGCAGUGUCUGGGCCCAGGACAAAUGGAAAGGUGUCUUCAAAGUCAAAUGGAUUUUUGUAAAAGAUAUUCCCAAUGGACAGCUAAGGCAUAUAAGAGUAGUAAACAACGAGAACAAACCAGUCACAAAUAGCCGUGAUACACAGGAAUUAUUUCCUGAACCUGGGCGUGAGAUGUUAAAGAUAUUUUUUGAGUACCGUAGCAAGACAUCAAUAUUGGAUGAUUUUGAGUUUUAUGACAAACGACAAGUUGAAAUGAGAAAAGACGGGAUUGCACCACUGGUUGGACCAACUAGCCCAGGUGUGGUAACUACAAAUCCUUAUGCUAAUUUGCCAUCACAAAUAACUGGAAACAGUCCAAACGCCACGAACAUUAAUUUAAACGGUGGAAGUGGAAAUUGUAGCACUGGUAGUCAAAAUGAUGAAUCUGAAUAA